GAUUUGGAAUUGCGUCUCCAUUCGUUUACAGUUAAUAUUACACUCCAGUCUAGUAGCGCCCUACAGACGAGCCAACGGGAUGCCAACGGAAAGAAACCUUCUCGGUCGGCGAAUCGCAGAAUCUCGACUCCAUGAAGAUGGGACAAACCAUGGUGAUGGCAAAGUAGUGGUUUACUGUUAUUCUGAGCAUCCUGGAAGAAGACUUCACCGUAAGCGACGUAGCUAGACACGUUUAACCAAUCAAGUAGAUUUAGUGUAAACAAACGACUCUUGUUCCACCAUGGGCAAAGGAAAAGCCAAAGCGUCGAAAAGUGCCAACCGGAAAGGCAGCAAGAAACCAGCUUCCACACCCUCCACGGCACGUCACACGCACGCUAAACCGGGGAUUGGUAGUCUCUUUGGUCCCAUACGCGUGCGAAGCAAACGAAAAGGCGAGACUCUCGAGUUGAACUUUCCCAGCAAAAAAACGCAACAUCUACUGAAAGCUGUUCAUCCAGGAAAGCUGUCGUGGAAGAUAGGAAAAAAAUCCAAGAAUGAAGACAGCUACAAGAAGAAGGCAGCUCGACCAACAUUUGUACUGAAUCUUCCCGAAAGUAUUGGGCACCCCCAGUCUGUACCAUGGAUGAAACUUAGCAGGACAAGGAACCGCAGCUCGCCAGGGAGUGAAGGUCUCUCCAAAUGCAGCCGAGGUCCGGGCCACAUCAUCCCAUCGGACGCUCUUCCCGAAGAAACCAAGCUAAAGCUCGAUAAGGAAUUGGAAUCUUUUGCCAACUACGUACGACUCACAGAUGAAGAAUGUCAAAUUCGGGACUAUCUCGUGGAGCAAGUCGAGCUGAUAUGUCGAGACUUAUUCGAGGAAUCGCGACAUACGCUCUUCAAUCGGAACAGCGAAGCAAUGCAAGAAGCGGUUCGGGUUCAGGUGUUUGGUUCGUUUGGAACCAAAGCCGUUUGCAGUUUUCGAAGUGACGUUGAUUUGGCCAUAUGGGGCGUGGUACCUGUCCAGAAAAGACGGCCUGCAAUCAUGUCCAAGAAAAACAGCCAAGUCACUCAUUCGGAAAAGGUGGACUGUGCCAAGCAAGAGCGGAAACGAAAAUGGCAGGAAGCGCUGGCGGCUGUCGACGAAGCUAAUACCAUGUCUCCGGACCCGAUGACGAGGCAAAACCACUCACUUUCGAACGAGGAUGGACCACCAUUGAGUUUCGCGCCUGACAAUGAACCGGAGCGAGCGGGAGUGAUCGAUCAAGAGGAGUCCCUGUUUGUCAUUGACCGUUUCGGCGACGUCCGCAGUAUCGACAGACUAAACUUACCCAAAACCUCAUCCAUCAAUUCCUCUAGCUCCGUGAGUUUAUCGCAAACGAUCGGUGACAACAGCGGAGUGAUCAAAUCACAGGGUCAUUUUUUGCAAAGUCAAAAAGCCGAGAGCCAUUUCAAAGCCAAUUCCGAAAACCCCAUCGACGACUUAAACGACAAAGCUGCCAAACCUAAAAGGGCCAAGCCCAAACCUGUUGAGUCUGAUGAUGAAUCUUUUAACGAUAGUACUGAUAAAAUGGAAGCUUUCGUCCCAAACCGUGCUAAAAGUGAGGAUCGGCACUUUGUGAGCUAUUCGUCUGACGAUGAUUCCCACGACGGCUUCGGCGAGGAAGUGAGCGAAGGAGCAGGAAAGAGCGACCGUGACCUUGAGGUGUCGUUUUUCUCGCAAGAUAGCACAUCAAAAAGACUGGGACCGACCGGCUUGGCUCGGCAGCAUGUUACUACUUGUUUGGGCCUCAUUCGGAGGAAGCUUCAAAAACGGAAAUUCGCGAGGUCGACUCUUUUCAUCAAGACCGCCGAUAUUGCUAUUGGUGGCCACAAUGGAUCGGAUACCUCGCCUUACGCCGGUAGUCAAACUGAGAAAUAUCGAAGCUUUGCGCCGGUUGUGCUGGCUUUAAAAGUUGUUUUGCAGCAAACCAAUCUCGACGAACCAUUCGCGGGAGGACUGGGAAGCUACAAGUUGUAUGUGCUAGUAGCAUACCACAUCGAGCAGCAUCUUUUAUUAGGUGGCAAUGACCGACCGAGUGAGAUCUUCUUAGGAUUUCUGUUUCGCUACGGUGCAAUUUUAGGUUACAAUUCACUAGAUGGUACGAUGACGCACUUGCAAAAGAACGUGCCGGUUGCAACUUUUGAUGCUUCCAUAGCUGAUUUAAGCAACGUUUUCCUCUUGGAGCACUGCGUUGAUCUGUUCGGUCGGUGCUGGCGCCGUCUUUGGAAGCGGACACGCUCGUCGUCGAAAAAUAUCGGAUCCUUUCUCGCCGACAUUGUGGACGUCAAAGCCUUGGCGAAGGAACGACAGUCGCAUAUACAGCGAGCAAAGGCAACUCUUUGCCAUGAACUUGCAAAGAACAACAUCCAGCACAAGAGCACAUAAUUUGUCCAGUUCAGCUAAUGAUGUUCGCCAUCCCGCGGAGCUCACUAAAGCUGCGUCUUUGCCACGAGAAGCAACAGCUGCUGAACUAUUGAAAGGUUACAAUGUACAGAUUGAUCAAGAGCUUCCGACACGCCGCGAGUGAGUUUUAUUUUUGGAGCUUAUGACGUCUAUUUUGCCACUAGCUGCUUUCGAAGAAGCCCCACAUAGAUUUGUUGUGAACGCUCCUUCGGGCUUUGCUGUCUUCCGGCUUUUGAAUCCGCGCAAAAUGUUGCCCCACCCUGUAGUAUCUCUUCUUUCCGUCAAGGUCAACGAAGAAAUGGUAGCGUCCUUGGUCGACUUUGCGGCUUUGCUUUUGAAGCGCAUCUUUUCCAAUUUUGUCACCUCGUCCCUUCGCCCGAGUUUGGUCUCCGUACCGCAAAACACGAUUCCAAAGUUCACCCGUCCAGGUCGGCCACAUAAUCCCAACGAGGACGGCGCCACUGCUUACUAGCAAAGGGGAUAUGAUGAAAAGAGCUCCGAUGAGGUUGGUCCCAAGUAAAGCCACAAAGACAGCUGUUACCCUGUUGGUAUAGUCGGCAACUCUCGAUUCCGAUAAGUCCAUCCGAAGCCCCUCCAGGAACUCAUGCAGUUCCUUGUUGUCCCUCCCAGUAACCGAGUUCAAAAUUGAUCGAAGAGAUCUACCAAUCCAAUAAGCCGCGUCAUACACAAUUUGUACAAACCUGUAGCGGGAUUGGCGCCGUCUGCUGCGUAGAGUCUUUUUCAGGCUUGAUUCCUCUACGAGCCAGAAUGUACGAAGGGCUGCUAGGGCCUUGCGCCCGAUCUCAUUUUCCUUUUCCCAACGAUCGAAGGCGAUCUUUCCUUCUACAAAUCGAGCGUUCCAUGCAUCAACUUUCGCUUGGAUGGCGAAGCGCUGGUCUAGUGAUUCGUACUGUUUGUAGUAAUCGUAGGAGAGUUGCCCGGUCUUGU